AUGUCUGCCACCGGCACGUUUCGAGGCACGCCGAACAAAACCAUUGGCCGAGGCAAAAUGCCUGACUUCGACUACAACAGUCCGUCUGGUUCUCAUAUCCCUCGACCCAAGCCCGAUUCGGCAUUAGGUCAAAGUGAUGCAGGAAGCGCUGCUACUGCUGCUAGCAGGCAGAGACAGAAUCAGUCAAAGCGGGAUGAGGCAAUUCGCAGGAAAAUGGAAGCCGACCUCAACAAAAAGCGUCACCAUGUGCAACGCCCUCGCCAUAAUCGCAAAGCUCCCCCAGGAACCGUAUUGGCCUUGAAGCCCAGUCAGGCACUACAGAUCAAGCCCAACACCACUGUGGCCGAGGCCGCACAGUUGAUGGCCGCCAAACGAGAAGAUUGUGUCUUGGUUACUGACGACGAUGAACGCAUUGCCGGUAUCUUCACCGCCAAGGAUCUUGCUUUCCGUGUUGUUGGAGCUGGCUUGAAGGCCAGGGAGGUGACUAUUGCUGAGAUCAUGACCAAGAAUCCUCUGUGCGCUCGCACGGAUACCAGUGCCACCGAUGCCCUUGAUCUGAUGGUCCGUAAGGGCUUCCGUCAUCUUCCUGUUAUGGAUGAGAACCAAGAUAUCUCCGGUAUUCUCGAUAUUACCAAGUGUUUCUACGACGCCAUGGAGAAGUUAGAGCGUGCCUACAGCUCGUCUCGGAAGCUCUACGAUGCAUUGGAGGGCGUGCAAUCAGAACUUGGAUCAAGUCAGCCUCAGCAAAUCAUCCAGUACGUUGAAGCUCUGCGUCAAAAAAUGUCCGGUCCUACCCUCGAAUCGGUUUUGGAUGGUAUGCCACCGACCACCGUGUCGGUCCGAACCUCAGUCAAGGAGGCUGCUGCUUUGAUGAAGGAGCACCACACAACUGCCCUUCUUGUUCAAGACCAGGGCUCCAUUACUGGUAUCUUUACUAGCAAGGAUGUGGUUUUGCGUGUCAUCGCUCCUGGCCUCGACCCUGCCACUUGCAGUGUGGUCCGCGUGAUGACUCCUCACCCUGACUUUGCGCCCACUGAUAUGAGCAUCCAGGCUGCUCUGCGCAAGAUGCACGACGGACAUUACCUGAACCUGCCAGUUAUGAACGAGGCUGGUGAAAUUGUCGGCAUGGUCGAUGUUCUUAAAUUGACAUAUGCCACACUCGAGCAGAUUAACUCCAUGAAUACUGGUGAUGAUGAGGGCCCUGCCUGGAACAAGUUCUGGUUGUCCAUGGACCAUGAAUCCGACUCUAUGGUCUCUGGCGGUGGCAGUCAUCGCCCACACACUCCUCAUCGGUCUGUACUCAGCCCGGAACCAUCCAAGGCUGGAUUUGAUCGCGGCGACAGCGUCCUCCCCAACGACUCAGCUUCUCAUCACGGCGACGACAUGCAUUCGGAACUUCUAGAACAACAUGAUGACGAUGCAAACACGCCAUUCGCAUUCAAAUUCAAGGCGCCUAGCGGCCGCGUGCACCGUGUGAAUGUUGUCAUUUCAGAGGGCCUCUCUGCCCUUGUUGCUAGUGUCGUUGCUAAACUAGGCCAAGAAGCUGAAGCUGUUGGUGGUGAGCCAUCAGUGGAAGAUGGAAAGCUCAGCAGCACCGGAUUUGCUUUGAGCUAUCUCGACAACGAAGGAGACACCGUUUCCAUCACUACUGAUCAGGACCUUUCAGACGCUGUUCACCAGGCGCGAAAACUCCACCAUGAGAAGGUUGAUCUGUUCGUCCAUGAUCCUUCUCAGCCCCCCAUUCCUGCCACCUCGGAACCUCUACCGGCUCCUUCGAAACCCCCUUCCCCUCCUGAGUCCGUUCUCAAAGAGCGUGCUCCCAGACACAUCGAGGAGGACGAGGAAGAGGAGGAGGACUUCAGCCGAUCGACUAGAACGACCAAGCAUGCCGUCCCACAACAACGUCUUCCAGAGGAGCAACUCAUUGCCGGGGUCCCCAACGAUCUCUUGUUGCCUGGCGCUAUUGUCACUCUUGCCGCAGUGAUUGCCGGUGUCUUUAUUCUCAGCCGACCAAGUGGGUCAAAAACUUUCAGAAUGUCCUUACUCGCGCCUGAAAUCCACUCCGCCCUUUCGCAGCUUCUGCGGGCUUUGACCACCCCCGACAAUACUAUUCGAACGCAGGCAGAAGACCAGCUCAACAAUGAUUGGGUUCAGAACCGUCCAGAUGUCCUUUUGAUGGGCCUGGCGGAACAGCUUCAGGGAGCAGAAGAUGCGGCUACACGAUCGUUCGCCGCGGUGCUCUUUCGACGAAUAGCCACCAAAAACACCAAAGAUCCGCGUAGUGGCGACACCAACGAGUGUUUCUGGAAUUUGAAUCCCGAGCAACGCGUUGCGAUUCGUGAAAAGCUUGUUGGCUGUCUGAGCAGCGAGACGCUCGCCGAUGUGAGGAAUAAGAUCGGUGAUGCUAUUGCUGAGAUCGCCCGUCAAUACACAGAUAAUGGCGAUUCGUGGCCGGAGCUUCUUGGGGUAUUGUUCCAGGCUAGCCAGUCUACUGAAGCAGGCUUACGCGAAGCUGCAUUCCGAAUUUUUACUACGACUCCAAGUAUUAUUGAGAAACAACACCAAGAAGCAGUCUUGAGUGUUUUCAGCAGGGGGUUCAAAGAUGACCACGUUUCAGUGCGACUUGCUGCAAUGGAAGCUUUCUCUGCCCUCUUCCGUUCUAUUCCGAAGAAACAACAUGCAGGUUUCUUCAGCCUUGCUCCGGAUCUGUUAAAUAUUCUUCCUCCGCUCAAAGAAUCAGAGGAAGACGAGGAACUUUCAAAGGCAUUCAUCUCCCUUGUCGAAUUGGCCGAAUACUCUCCCAAGAUGUUCAAGAACCUUUUCAACAACCUCGUGAAAUUCAGCGUAAGCGUUAUCGCGGAGAAGGACCUUAGCGACCAGGUCAGACAGAAUGCCCUGGAGCUUCUUGCGACGUUCGCCGAAUACUCCCCGAACAUGUGCAAAAAGGACCCAACCUAUGCUACAGAGAUGGUCACCCAAUGUCUCAGUCUGAUGACAGACGUUGGUGCUGAUGAUGACGAUGCGCAAGAGUGGGGUGCUACGGAAGAUCUCGAGCUCGAGGAAAGUGACUUGAACCAUGUCGCUGGUGAACAGACGAUGGACCGAUUGGCAAACAAGCUCGGUGGUGAUAUUAUCCUUCCUGCUACUUUUGCAUGGAUCCCACGCAUGAUGUCGUCUUCCGCUUGGAGGGAUCGACAUGCUGCCCUUAUGGCCAUCUCUGCUAUCUCUGAGGGCUGCCGUGACCUGAUGAUUAGCGAAUUGGACCAUGUUCUCGCCCUUGUUGUUCCUGCUCUUCAAGACCCUCACCCACGUGUCAGGUAUGCAGGAUGCAACGCUCUUGGUCAGAUGAGUACCGAUUUCGCCGGUAUUAUGCAGGAAAAAUACCAUGCUGUGGUAUUGAACAACAUUAUCCCUGUGCUCGACUCUACCGAACCACGUGUUCAGGCUCAUGCCGCAGCUGCCUUGGUUAACUUUUGCGAAGAGGCCGAGAAGAGUAUUCUUGAGCCUUAUCUCGGAGACCUACUUCAACACCUGCUUCAGCUUUUGCGCACCGACAAGCGAUUCGUUCAGGAACAAGCUCUCUCCACCAUUGCUACUAUCGCAGACUCGGCAGAGGCGGCGUUCACUCAGUACUAUGAAACACUCAUGCCGUUGCUUUUCAAGGUACUUCAGGAGGAGCAGUCCAAGGAGUACCGCCUGCUACGUGCCAAGGCUAUGGAGUGUGCUACUCUGAUUGCUUUGGCUGUCGGAAAGGAGAAAAUGGGACAGGAUGCCAUCAACUUGGUGAACCUUCUCGGAGCAAUUCAACAGAACAUUACGGACUCCGACGAUCCCCAAUCUCAGUAUUUGCUUCACUGCUGGGGCCGUAUGUGCCGUGUUCUUGGCCAAGAUUUCGUGCCUUUCCAGGGCGCUGUUGUUCCACCUCUUCUUACUCUUGCUGCCGCCAAGGCCGAUAUCCAAUUGUUGGAAGAUGACGAACAGGCCGAAAUGGUUGAACAAGAUGAAGGAUGGGAGCUUAUUCCAUUGAAGGGAAAACUCAUUGGCAUCAGGACAAGUCUUCUCGAAGACAAGAAUACCGCCAUUGAGCUUCUCGCCGUCUAUGCUCAGGUGUUGGAAGGUUCAUUUGAGCCCUACGUUGCCGAGUGCUUAGAGAAGGUUGCUGUUCCCGGUCUGGCAUUCUUCUUCCACGACCCUGUUCGUGUUUCUUCUGCCAAGUUGAUUCCCCACCUACUCAACGCAUACAAGAAGGCACAUGGAAUCCAAUCACCUGGAUUCGCUGGGCUCUGGAGUAACGUGGCAGGAAAGAUUAUUGAAGUUCUAAGUGCUGAGCCCGCCAUUGAUACCCUUGCUGAGAUGUUCCAAUGCUUUUACGAAUCCGUUGAGGUGGUUGGAAAGAACAGUUUGACCCAGGAGCACAUGCAAGCAUUCAUUGAAUCUGUUCAAUCGUCCUUGGAAGAUUAUCAAACUCGAGUCAAGGAGCGUGCCCAGGAGGAGGCCGAGGCCGAGGACAAUGACGAGGAGAACAUGUCGAUCGCCUAUGCUAUUGAAGACGACCAGGCUCUUCUCAGCGACAUGAACAAGGCUUUCCAUGCCGUAUUCAAGAACCAGGGAUCGACUUUCUUGCCAACGUGGCAGCGCUUGAUGCCUAUUUACGAUGCUUUUAUUAACAGCACCGAUCCCACACAGCGACAAUGGGCAACGUGCAUUAUGGACGACGUAAUUGAAUUCUGCGGCCCGGAUUCCUGGGCUUUCCAGGAUCACAUUUUACAGCCUCUUAUUCGCGGAUUACAAGACUCCAACGGUCCCAACAGGCAAGCUGCUUCAUAUGGUGUCGGUAUUGCCGCUCAAAAGGGAGGACCAGUUUACGCCGAGUUUGUGGCAGCUGCUAUCCCCAGUCUUUUCCAGGUUACGCAGCAUCCUCAUGCAAGGACGGAAGAGCAUGUAUUUGCAACCGAGAACGCUUCCGCCAGUAUUGCCAAGAUUCUUCGAUUCAAUAACGAAAAGGUUCAGAAUGCACAGGAAGUCGUGGCAAACUGGCUGACCACUUUGCCAAUCACGAACGACGAGGAGGCCGCUCCAUAUGCCUACACUUUCCUCGCUGAGCUGAUUGACCAACAAAACCCUGCCGUACUCUCCAAUGCCGACAAGGUAUUCGGAUAUAUAGUACAAGCCCUCGAUAACGAGACUCUUCAAGGCCAGACAGCCAAGCGAGUCGCGGACGCUGCGAAACAAUUAGUACAAGCAACAGGCAUAAACGCAGAGGCGAUUCUGGCGGGUGUCAAUCCGGAUAAUCAGGAAGCUGUGAGGAAAUAUUUCCAGUAA